GCAAGGUGCCAGCUCAGCCUGUGCCCAGUGUCUCCUUGUGCCUUGCAGUGUUGGGGACUGCUCCAAGCCUGCUUUCCUGAGAGGCAGUGCUUCGAGGUGGAGUGUGUGCUCCUUAAAGCUCGUGCCCUGCUGACAGGCAAUAUCAGUCCUGUUCUCUGCAAGAGAGCAGGAGGCUGAGUGCAAAGAUGUUAAGCAUUGAAGGUCAUGUAAAUUGUGUCCAUCCAGGUGCUCUUUCUCUGGUGUUCAUGCUGUUUUGUGGCCUGCACUAGUGUUAGGCAUCCAAGUGUGUAGACAAGGCAGUGACAUCUUUAUCUUGUCUAGCUUAGAUAAAAACUCCAGGUAUCCCGCUGAUACAAAAUUCUGUUGGCAGAUGUCCUGUAUGUUCUCCCUCCUGGAACAGGGUGGGGAGGGGGGAAGUAAAAGGAAGGCUCUGGCAGAUGAGAUUUAGGGCUCUGGACUUCUGCAAAAAAAUUACAGCUUGGGAACAAAGACUUGUAAAUUGAUGAGUUGGGACUGUGGUGUGCUGAGAAGGGGUGAAGGCUCUGGGCUGCAAGCAGCCCUCUAUCUCUAAUGUUCACGUGGCCCUGCUCAUCUUAGCAGUGAUGUAGGGAGAAAAUGAACUGGUCCCAAACCACUUAGUGCUUUGCAGAUCAAAACUAGCUUCUCAGAUUCUCCUCUGUGUUUCAUAGAUGAUCUGAACAGGUCUUCCUGCCCUGCUUUCCCACCUGUCCUUUCAGAAACCAGCUGCUGAAUUCAGCAUCAGCUCCAGCCCCUGGCUGCAGGCACAGCCUGGCACUGCAGUGCCUGAUCUGGUGGGCACUCACACCUCCAUGAGCUGUAUGGCACACUGGGGAGGCUCUACUCCCUUUUUAAAGCUCCUGGGACUCAGCACUCAAUCCAAAUCUGCUCACUGAGGUUUGAACACUGUCGAGGCUCUUUAGGUCUCGGGGUAAACUGCUGAAUUCGUGGAAUGUGAGUUCAGAAUGGGGAUCUUGCUGUAACCACAGAACUGCAGCACAGUAAACUACUGGAAUGUGUAAACUGAAAAGUAGUUUUUACUUACUCUUCUGUCUUGCAGAGCAAAAUGCUGACAGGGUCCCUUUCCUUCUCAUUAGCUGGGUUUUGUGAGAGCGGUGUGGAGACCACGGUGAGAGGAGGCCAGUGGGUGCCAUGGAGCUCCCCAGUUACAGCCAGCAGCUGCUGCCCCAGCUGUACACCCUGUGCAAGGAGCAGCACUGCUGUGACUGCACCAUCUUUACUGGGGACGUGCAUUUUAGAGCACACAAGGUGGUUUUGGCUGCUGCCAGCCUGCUGUUUAAAUCCCUCUCGGGCCUUACAGACAGCACCUCCACUGAUGCUUCUGUGGUGAUGCCUGAGGAGUUUGCACUCUUGCUGGAGAUGAUGUACAGUGGCAAACUCCCACUGGGGAAACACAAUUGCACCAAAGUUAUCUCCGUGGCAGAUAGUCUGCAGAUGUUUGAUGUGGCUGUUAGUUGCAAAAGCCUCCUCAGGGACCUCAUAAGCUGUUCUCCUUGGGACCAGGUACUGAGAGGAGUCUCCAGCCAGGCAGCAGAUUCAUCUGAAAACAAAGCUGAAGCUAAUAACCUGCCCCAGUCUGGAAAACCCAAAGAAGAAAAAACAGAUAUCCUCCUCACUCAGAGAGUUUUCCCUUUACCUGGCCCUGUAGAAGCAGAAAUGGAAGCAGAUGUUUCUCCUCCUGGCCAGGAACUUACUGUGAAUUGCACCUGGGUUCACGAGGACUUGAUGCUGAAUGUCUCCAGGUCCUUCCAGGAGGAUUCAAGCUCUGGCCCUGACCAGCCUGCCCAUGCUGAAGCUGUAGUUGAGCAAAAUUUUUCAUGCCUAGGCUGUGUGAUGUCUUCAGAAGGGAUUUCAGCAGAGAGCAAAAGCUGUAAACUGGAUUUCUUUCUUCGAUAUGAAAGUGUUUUCUCUGAGGCCCUUUCUGAUGCCCAGGCUGUGCUGAAAAGACUCGAGCAGAGAAACUCUCUGGCUGCCUGUCUCCCUGAGGCAGGGGCACAGUCACUGUUCAAGAAGUUGCUGAGCAAAGUGGAGCAUGCUCGGCUCAGGGAUACUCACACCCAGGAUAGUGACACCCAGGACACUUGGCCCCUGGACACUCAGACACUCCUGUCUUUUCUGAAGCUGUUUCAAGACAUGAAUUCCAGGCUGAGAGCAGCUCUGCUGGAGAGGGAACAGGGCACUGGAAAAGCCCCACGGCAAGGAGAGAACAGAGCUGAGGAGGAGACGCUGACCGCUCUCCUGCUGGGCUGCAGGGAGGAGCUGAUCCAGAGCGUGACACAGCUGAGCCCCAUCGUGGAGUUCCUGGAGGCAGCAGAAGAGGGAUUCCUGACCCCCUUGGAGAAGUGGGUAGCUUUGGAUUGCUGUGAAAGCAGCUCUGAGAGGGAAGCCAUGGAUAACUUGCUCAGGAGGGUGGAUGAAGAAAAAACCCUGAAUGUGGAAAGCUUGAUCAAACUUCUGGGGGCUGUGAAAGCAUCAUUGCCUGGACUCCAGCUUCUGCUGGACAACUUGGUGGCAGCAGCAAACAUCUCUGAUAGCAAAGGUGAUCUUGUCUUCUUAUUAUUUCUCCAGAAAGAAAGUUCAGAGGCCUCCUUGAAAGCAGCUCUGAGCACAGCCCAGGAGAAGUGUGUCCUGACCAUGAAGAUCUACCAGGUGCUGUGCAGUGUCCAUGAGUCCUUCCCAGACCUGCAGCCAGUGAUGCAGGAGCUGGGCCGUUCCAGGAAGAGUUUUGUCUGCAAAGCCUGUGAUAAGACCUUCCACUUCUGCUGCUGCCUGAAAGUGCAUGUGAAAUGCUGUCAGGUGUCCAGAGGAAAGCAGAUCCAGUGUAAAGAGUGCAGCCAGGUCAAACUGACCAAGAAGGAGCUGGAAAAUCAUCAGCUGGAGGUCCACGGGGUGGGUGGGGAGGCCAAGGAAAAGAAGAAGCGGCUCCCUGUGGCGUGUGACAUCUGUGGAAGAGAGUUUGCUCAUGCCUCAGGGAUGCAGUAGCACAAGCUGACAGAACACUUGGAUGAGAAGCCCUUCUCCUGCCAGGAGUGUGGGGCCAGGUUCGUGGCAAACCCCACGCUGAAGAACCACCUGCAGCUGCACCCAGGGGACAGGCCCUUCAUGUGCAAGCACUGCCUGAUGACCUUCAUGCAGACCUUGGCCCUUGCCUACCACAGCAAGAGGGAGCAGGCUGAGGACACUGAAGAUCCCUACAGCUGCAAGAAGUGCCAGAUGAGCUUUGCCACCCUGCAGGAACACACUAAGCAUGUCCAUGAAGCACCUUCCUGGGAAUACCAGCCCUGCCCUACCUGCUCCAAAAUCUGCAGUGCCCCAUCACUCCUGGAGCACCACAUGGUGACCCACACUGGGGGAAAGCCUUUGGAAUCUGUGACAGGACUUACCAGAGGGGUCUGUGAUGUAACCCCCAGCCACAGCACUCUGGCAUUUCUGUGCUGGCACGAGGAGGUCUUGCUGGAGGGGAAACAGCUCAAUCCUGACUUUCAGGAGCUGAGGAGGAGGACUGACAGGGUGAUUCCGAUGUCGAAGCAGGGAGCAGCAGAGCACAUCAUCUCUUUUGAUGGCACCCAACUCCUUGGCUCCCAAGUUGAAUCCCGUGUGAGCCAAAGUGGCUCUGAGCAGGUGGCAGUGACUAAGGAGGACUUGUUUGAUGACAAAGUAACUCUGAUUUGUGAAGAAACCAAGCGGGAGACAGUGGGGGGUGCCUCCAACUGCCACUUGGCAUCCUCUGGACUUGUUGAGGAGCUCAGUGUGCUGCUCCAGCUCAGAGAUCCAGGGCUUCUCUGGGAAGGCAAUCCCAGGCAGGCAGCAAGCACAGAAUGACCAGGGACAGGAGAGGUUCAUAGACAUUCACUGCCUGGGAAGUCUCCCUGCAUUAAGCAGCUGCCAGCUCAGGUGAGCUGGACCACCUGUCUCUCCCAGGUGAGAAAUAAAGCAGAGGAAAAGAAUGGAAACUGGGUGUGACCCUCUGCUGCUGUGAACGGAGGGGAGGGGACUGGUGCAGGACAAAACUGGGGUGUAUGGGUAUGGGAAGGAAAAAAAAAAGCUGUCCUGAGAAUUUAGGAUGGAGAUUUGUUAUGGCUGAAUCAGUGAUGUAGUCACAGGUAUCUUCUCUGCAGGGUGUGUGAGGGCUGCUUUGUGUCUUCUACUCUCACCUGUACUGAUGUGCAGCCAGAGACCUCCUCCAGCACAGAUCUGACCUUUGGGUCUCUCUUCUCCAGCAGGCACUUCUUGGGAACUGGGCUAAAUGACCUCAGUGCUGUUUAGGUAGCACCUUGUGCAGCACAGGUUCUGAUCCCAUCCAUAUUUUUGCUGUAACUGUCUUUUAGGAAGGAGGGUCCAAAGCAGAUCUGGGGAUCCCCAUCCUCUCUGCAAGCAAACAGCCCUGAGAUGUCCCACCACCCUCUUAAUUCACCAGGAACAUGCUGAAAAAGGAGGAGGAGUUGUGCCUGCAUGCCAGGGUCCCUCAUUACUGGUGACAGUGGCUUGGCACUAAUGAAAGUAUUUGAGUGUGGGAUGGCUGCUGUGACUGCAAGUGGACAUUCCCCUGCCACACGGGGGGCACUGCCUUGUAAAAUGCAUUCAGGUGCCCACUGUAAAGUUUGCUUCUCUGGUGCCAGCAAGAUGCAACAGCUUCAUUGCAGCACACCAGUCCCUUUAAGGCUAAAUUUCAUAAAUCUUUUUUAUCUGCAGCUUCCUAAAAUAUAAUCUGAUAAUUAAUGGUUUGCUGAAUCCGUUAUGAAGUGCAAUUAGAUAGAUGCAGGGUUCCUGUGGCUCUGAGGGGACUGGUAGCAUUUAUCUUCCUUUCCUUCGUGCCAGAAGGUUGAACUCUGCCACUGCAAUAUUUCCACAGGGAGCGGUGAUCCCGCCGGAUCUCAGAGCCUGGGACCCCACGGUGAGCAGUGCCCUGUUGUGUCCUGCUGCCCAGAGCCACGGGAGAUGAACAGAUUGGAGUUUUCCUGCAGCAUCUUGUGCUGGCUGCUCACUGCCACCAGGCAGAGAUGGUGGCACAGGAGAGUGCCAAGGUGGCUGUGCCAGUGAGAGAGUUUGUUCCCAUUAUAACUUGGAAGGAACAGGGAGCAGCAGAGCUCCCGGGAGAGGGGCUUGGGGGAGCUCAUGACAUUUUGUGUGUGUGUGUAGCAGCAAGCAUAUGACCCUGCUGAAGUGCUGCACAUGUCUUGAAGGGCUCCCACAUAUGGUUUGUCCCCCUCAGCUUUUCAGGGAUGGUGACACGGAGGAAGCAUGAGGUUAAGCUGCCACUGAAUCCAGGAAUGACCAGGAGAUGGUGCUCAAGGCCUUGAGGAUUAGUGUUAGUGGCCAGGUGCCUCUGCACCUUUGUGGAAGCUCCUCUGAGCCUUCCCAGGCCUUCCCCAGCUCCUGGGCUGCCAGCCAUGGAGAGAUCUUGAGCCACUGCCAAGCUGAAGGGGAACUCCAAGCCCUGGACAGGUCACCUCCAAACCCUGGAUAGGUCACCUCCAAACCCUGGAUAUCACUGCUUAAAGAGCCUGAAGCUGGGUCUUGGCCACUUGUAGAGAGGGUAAAAUGCACUUGUUACUGAGGGGAAGAGAUGAAAAAGCCUGAGAUCCCCCUUGACCAGGAGAGGGGCCAGAGGGGGAGCUGCUGGAGCCCAUCUCGUGUGUGGCAUGUGUGCAUGGCACUUGGGCUGAGCAUGGGGAUAAUGACACAACGAGCAACUGUGUCUUGAUGGUUUCAGAGCAGAUGUGCUAGGAGGAAAGUAGUGCAUUUUGUCCCACAAACUGGUGGAGUUGGAAGCUGUUCCCCCUUUUCUGACUCCAGGGGAGCUGGGAGCUGUGGAAAUCCUACACAGGCUGUGGGGAGGCUCUGGAGUGUGGAAUGGAUUGUCCAGACAAUGCUUUGCGGGUGUCCUGGCCUUUAUGUGUGAGCCAAUAUCUGCAGGGAGACCUAAGGUGAAGCUAAUGUCCAUUUGUUCCUGAAAAACUGUGGAGGGGGGGUAAAGGUUUAGCAGGGCUUGUGGAGAAGUUUUCCUUAUUUCUAUCCAUCUCCCAGGGCAGAGGCAGCUCAGCCAGGGCAGAGCAGGUGUUUGGGGCCUGUUGGCUGUGAUACCUUUGGUCCCUGAUUCCUUCUUGUUGUUGCAGCUGGAGGGGGACGGUGUGGGUAUCACUUCAGGGGUGGUUCAGACUCACCUCUCCUGUUUGGGGCCAUCUCUCCUGCCUUUCUGCCCAGCAAGGUCCUGUGUGGACAUAUCCUCAGCAGAAUCCUGCCAGCUCCACACACCCAGUGAGAGCUCUGUAGCUCGACAGAGCCCAUCAAGUAUCUUCUAUGUCAUUAUGAGGAGAUAAUAACUUACUUCCCCCCACUCCAGUUCCUUCUUGAUAGAUGAGGUAUGUAGAGCAGAGCAAAUUGCAGCAUUAGCAACACCCAUGUCCUACCCGGGAGGGAGAUGCAUUUCCCAGGACACAUCCUGGUCUGGUGUGCACCACACUGGAGAUGCUGAUUGCUGGUGAUUCCUUGUUUUCUCUGUAAAAUUAAAACAUGGAGAAGGAAAGAUGUAUCUGCAGAGUGUCAUUUGAAGCAAUUCACUGGAAAAGAAAACCUUCAUGUGCUUGAAAA